UUAUUUUGAAAGACGGAAACUACCGACUCGCUAGCUUUCCUCAUAGGUUUGACUUGUCCUGCAGUGUCCUCCAAAUAAAUCAGUGGAUUUGGUUUGUGGUCGGGUCAGGACGCGGGACAGCAGCAAAUAUGGUCCUUGACGAGAAAGUGAUCACGAACGGAGAACCAGACGAUGAAGAAGAAGAAGAGGAGGAGGAAGACUUAGUGGAUCCCCUGGAAACGAUGCGCGAAAAGUGUGCUGAGAUCGAGCACUGCGUACACACUCAAGCACGUCUGGAGCAAUGCGAGACCAGAGUGAACGCUCGCUCCUCCACAACGGAAGACUGCACCGAGGAGCUUUUUGACUUCCUCCAUGCUAGGGACCAUUGUGUAAGUGAGAAGCGACUGCUUUUUUUUUUUUUUUUU